UCCUCCCAGGCUUCAUCAGUCUGCUGCAGAGAGAAUAAUAUACUGAGCCUCCUGCCACAGGAACCAUUACUACUGAGUGGACUGCAGCCUGCUGAGAAACAUGUCUGUGGAAACUUCAGCCACAUUCUUUGUUCUUCUGCUUAUUAUCUCAUUGACAGAGGCACAGGACUGCUCCCAGCCCUGUGCUUGCCCUGCAGACCCCCCACUUUGCCCCUUGGGGACCAGCCUGGUCCUGGAUGACUGUGGCUGCUGUAAGGUGUGUGCCAGGCAGCUGGGGGAGCCCUGCUCCCUGCUGGAGCCCUGUGACCAUCACAAGGAGCUCUACUGUGACUAUGCUCUGCUGAGUGACACUGAGACUGGCAUCUGCAUGGCUCAGGAGGGUCAGACAUGUGACCUGGGGGGGGUGAUCUACCGCAGUGGGGAGUCCUUCCAGCCCAGCUGUAAGCACCACUGUGUGUGUAUGAAUGGAGAGAUUGGCUGUGUACCAAUGUGUGCCAGUGACAUCCGACUGCCCUCCCCUGACUGCCCGUACCCACACCGUAUCCAGAUCCCUGGGAAAUGCUGUGAGGAGUGGGUGUGUGGGGAGACACCUCAGGACCACCACUACCAGUCAGUGGUUGCCGGACCUUCUCAGAUUCACCCU